AUAGGCCCUAUAUACCGCCUCCUCAUGCUGCUGCCAGGCCCCUAAUCUGCCAUGGGCCCCUAUAUACCGCCUCCUCAUGCUGCUGCCAGGCCCCUAAUCUGCCAUGGGCCCCUAUAUACCGCCUCCUCAUGCUGCUGCCAAGGUCCAGAGUCUCUCAUGGGUCCCUGUACGGCCUCCCAUUGCUGCUGUUUCCAUCGCCACACUCUGCCAUGUGCCACUUUCAGGUCUCCUCACACUGCUGGUGGUUUCCAUUUUGUCAUAGGUUGCUGUAUGGCCUCCCAUUGCUGCUGCCAGAGGUCCCAGCACCGCCACACUGUGGCUCCACACUCUGGAGUUUUGGCCCCGAGUGACUGACCCAAAGAUAGAGUGAAGUGUAGGCGGUGAUUCUCAAGAUCGACUGGCACUCAUCUGCAUGUCAUACUGACAUGUGACAGUAUUAUUUCUCAUUCCCCCAGCAGACUCCAAGGGGCAUUAUAAAAUUAAAGGUACAGUGUUCUGCUCUAAUAUAA